AUGCUCCGCCGCCGCCUGCCCCUGCUCGGGCCCGGGCUGCUGCUGCUGCAGACGGUGUGUGCCGGGGGUCACAUUGCCAAGACCCUGGGCUACCUGGAGCUGGGCACCUCCGGCCUCCUCAAGGAUGUCCCCUAUGGCACCCUGAAGCCCCCGGCGCUCGACCCCGGGCGGCUGAUCCCGGCAGAGCCCCCCCGGGGCGCCGGACGGAGCCCCUGGGACUGGCAGAAGAACCAGACGGCCGGGGAGCCGCCGAGCCCCCGCGCCCACCGCAAGCCCACCCUCAAGUCCGGCCGCACCAAGAAGAUUUUCGGCUGGGGAGACUUCUACUUCAACAUCAAGACGCUCAAGUUCAGCCUCCUGGUGACGGGCAAGAUCGUCGACCACAUCAACGGCACCUUCAGCGUCUACUUCCGACACAACUCCUCCAGCCUGGGCAACGUCUCCGUCAGCAUCGUGCCCCCCUCCAAGGCCGUGGGGUUCGAGGUGCUGGUGCCUGGCCCCCCCCAGCUCCCGCCGCCGCCCCCCCAGCAGAGCACCCUGCCCGAGGGGCGCCCGGCCAAGGCGCUCAACUGCCACGUGGAGUACGAGAAGACGAACCGGGCGCGCAAGAACAAGCCGUGCCUGUACGACCCGUCCAAGGUCUGCUUCACGGAGCACACGCAGAGCCACGCGGCCUGGCUCUGCGCCAAGCCCUUCAAGGUCAUCUGCAUCUUCAUCUCCUUCCUCAGCAUCGACUACAAGCUGGUCCAGAAGGUCUGUCCCGACUACAACUUCCAGCACGACAACCCCUACUUCGGCUGACGGCAGCGCGGCGGGGGCGGGGGGGUGGGGGCGGGGUGGGGGGGUGCUGUGCCCCCUUCACGGCUGCUCGGUGCCCCCCGUGACCCCCACACUGACCCCUCCUUGUCAUCGGAGCAUCCCCGUGCCGUGUCAUGGGACGGCUGGUGCUGGGGGUCCCGGCCUCCCCCCCACUGACAUCCCAUCCCUGCAGCACCCCUGCACCCCGUGGGGUACAGCCAGCUCUGGGGACCCCCCCUCACCCGCUGGGACCCUGUCCCUGCACCCCGUGGGGUACAGCCAGCUCUGGGGACCCCCCCUCGCCUGCUGGGACCCCGUCCCUGCAGCACCCCGGGCUGGGGUACAGCUGUGCUGGGGGUGCUGGGGGUGCUGACACCCAUCACUGCAUCCCUGGGGUACAGCUGGUUCUGGGGGUCCCAGCCCCCCCCCGCCCAUUGAGACCCCCCCACCCACUGCAACCCCCUCACUGCAGCCCCCCUGCAUCCUACUGGGGUACAACUGGUGCUGGGGGUCCUGGCCCCCCUCCCCCCUGAAAUCCCGUCCCUGCAGCUCAGGGGGUGCAGGCACGGACCCCCCCCGUGCUGGGGGCUGGGCUGGGGGUGUGGGGGUGAACCGGGGGGUUCAGCCCCCUGCGAUGUCACCUCUGGGGUGUCACGGGGGGCAGGUCAGGGUGCUGGGGGGGGUCUCAGUCCUCACCCCAUACACUGGGGGGGCUUUUGUCUCCCUGCAGCCCCCCAGCUGUGCACGUGUGUGUGUGCAAGGGCCCCACCCAGGGGUUUUGGAGCCCCCCCCCCCAACACUGGCCCUGCUCCAGCGCCACAACUGAGCCCCCGGAGCCCCACGGACCCCCCCUCCAUGGGGGGCCCUUCCAGGUGUGCAGCCCCCACACCCCACGCCGUGAAGAAGUGCCAGGCGGGGGUCAGGGACGUAGGGGGGGUCCCCAGGGGCUGCUCCCCCCCCGCUUGGGAAGGGGCUUCUUCAUCAUUUUUUUUUAAAGAAAAUUAACAUGGAAAAAA